UAACCGCCCCCUGUUGCUUUCACGUGUUAAACAUGAUAUGGAUUCAUAACGAUGUUGCUGGUCGUGCGACAAUGCAGGUAGAUUCAGCGUCAGAAGAGUAAGUGCGUGUCGUGCCCUUGGAGCAAUGACACAUCCGACAACAAAGUGCUAGUGUGUUCAGAUAGUGGAUUUUGUACAUAACCGACAAUAUAGCAUUAGAGCCCAGAUAGUGGAUCUCGUUUACAAGUGUGGAACGCACAUAUAUUCCGGAGUGAAGAACGGGAAAUAAAGUUACACACAAACGUAGAAUUUCCCUUACUUUUGGCGUGGACUGAUCACCCCAGCCGAAAUCAUCUCUGUUAGGCUUGGUCCAUGUUUUACUUUGGGGUUUUUCUGAGAGGAAAAUGGAGGCGAAGGCUGACCAUGUACUCCUUACAUUUGUGGCUGGAGGAUUGUCAACAUGUUGUGCAAAGACAUCUACAGCUCCAUUGGAAAGACUGAAAAUUCUCUUCCAGGCUCAGAAUCAACACUACAAGAACAUGGGUGUAUUUAGGGCUCUAAAAACCAUUUACCAUAAAGAAGGACCUUUGGGUUAUUACAGAGGGAAUGGUGCUCUUAUGUUGCGGGUUUUUCCAUAUGGUGCCGUUCAGUUUGUAUCAUAUGAGCAGUAUAAGAAGGUCUUAAACUCCUUGUAUUUUAAUGGGGCUUUGAGUAAACUGCUCUCUGGAUCUUUUGCAGGAAUUACGGCUUGUUCACUGACAUAUCCCUUGGACGUUGUACGUUCACGCCUGGCAUUUCAAGUGGCUGAUGAGCAAAUCUACUGUGGAAUAUGUCAUGUAAUUCGCCAGAUUAUUACUACAGAGGGAGGAUUUGCAGGUCUUUACAGAGGUUAUGCUGCUACAGCACUUUCAAUGAUUCCAGCUGUUGGAUUUGGGUUCUUCACCUAUGAGAGUAUCAAAGACUUCAUACUUUCAAUGAGUGGCCCUUUGACAAAGAAAAACAGAGAGGGUCAAGAAGUUCUAACACCAAUUGGGGGGCUGUUGUGUGGUGCAGUGGCUGGUGCCUCUUCACAGACAGUGGCAUAUCCUCUAGAUGUUGUUAGACGGCGAAUGCAGCUUGCAGGGGCAGUGUCUGAUGGCUACAAAUACAGUGGUUGCAUUAACACCUUUGUAACAGUCUACUUGGAAGAUGGUGUGAGAAAAGGCUUGUAUCGUGGCUUGUCAAUCAACUACUUGCGGGUCAUACCACAGGUGGCAGUCAUGUUCAGUGUGUAUGAGCUUACAAAGCAGUUUCUCAGCAGUGACAUGACAACUGAAAGGAGUGAGUGAUCAAACACCAAACAAGAAGACUUCUGUCUCAUCUUUUGAACAUGUGUACUAAAUACAGGAUAGUAGUCACUAAUAAACAUGCGGAGAAAACACAAGAGCUGCAUAAUCCUCCUGCAUCAACACAGCUGUCAAGAGACAAUAAUGUAUCUGUUGGUUAAAAAGAUUUUGGUUCAGUAACUGUCAUGCAUAUACUGUAUACUGUAUUGAGCAUUUACAGGACUGCAUUGAACCUCAGAAAGUUGAUUGUUACUGCAACUUACUAUCAAUUCACUGUGAAGAAAGUACAAAGAAUUGAAAGUAAUAAUAAGGGAUGCAAAAUGACCAAUUUUAGUCUAUGUGCUAUUGACCAUAUUGUGGCAUACAUGGUGGCCAACGUCCUGGUAGUUGUCACAACAUUGGACUUUCUUGCUCCUGCUCAUUCACCAGAUUAGAUUGAAAUCAUGAUCACUGAAUGAUGUAAAGUAACAAUAAAAAUCAGUGAAACAAAUACAAUCAAGCUAUUAUUUCCA